UUCAUCAUGAUUCGUUUAGCAGUGUUCGCAUUUAUCCUCAGUUUUGCGUUGGGUGUUUCCAGUACAGUAUGGCACAAGAACGCUGUGGUAUAUCAGAUCUAUCCGAGAAGCUUCAAAGACACCACAGGCGACGGUAUCGGUGAUCUGAACGGCAUCACCAGCAAGCUUCAGCAUGUCGUGGACAUCGGCGCGAAUGCUAUCUGGCUCUCUCCGAUCUACAAGAGUCCACAAGUAGACUUCGGCUACGACAUCUCCAAUUUCACGGACGUCGAUCUCGACUAUGGCACCAUGGCGGACUUCGACAGGCUGAUGGCCAAGGCCAAGUCUCUUGGACUCAAGGUCAUCCUCGACUUCGUUCCGAAUCAUUAGAGCGUCCAGAGGAUCAAACCGUACGACGAGUACUAUAUUUGGCGGGACGCCAAGGUCGUCAACGGCACCAGGCGACCGCCCAACAAUUGGCUGAGCACCUUCCAAGGUUCCGCCUGGGAGUGGAACAACAUCAGAAAGCAGUACUACUUUCAUCAGUUCGCGACCGGUCAACCAGACUUAAACUACCGUAGCCAGGCUUUGAAUCAAGAGAUGAAGAACGCGUUGACCUUCUGGUUGAACCGUGGUGUGGAUGGUUUCCGUAUCGACGCGAUCAAUCACAUGUUCGAGGACGCCAGAUUCCUGGACGAACCAAAGACAGGCUCAAGCAAUCUCCCUGAGGAUGACUACGACAGCCUUUACCACGUCUACACGAGGGAUCAGAAGGAGACGUUCGAAGUCCUGAAAUCCUGGAGGAAGCUUCUUGACGAUUACUCGAACCGAACCAAGUCUGACGCGAAAAUGAUCCUCACGGAAGCUUACGCGAACAUGAACGAGCUGGCCAAAUAUCACGAAGCUGGCUCCGACGUUCCUUUCAAUUUCAUGUUCAUAACGGAGUUAAACAACAAGUCCACGAACUCGGACUUCUUGUGGUGGAUACAGAAAGGGCUGAACAUGCCAGGCCGGAAUUGGGUCGUGGGUAAUCACGACCAGCACCGAGCGGCGUCGAGGUUCGGUAGGAACCGUGCUGAUCAGAUCACCAUGCUCUCGAUGAUGUUGCCCGGAGUCGCUGUUGUAUACAACGGCGACGAGAUCGGAAUGGAGGAUAGAAACUUCACCUUCAUGGAGACCCGGGACCCGGCUGGCUGUAACGCUGGUCCAAGCAGGUACUACUUGAAAUCCAGGGAUCCUGAGAGGACACCCUAUCAGUGGGACAACACCACCAGCGCUGGAUUCUCCGAGAGGCGUAUAACUUGGUUGCCCGUGCACGAGAACUACAGGACUCUGAAUCUAGCCAUCCAAAAAUCGGCAUCGUUCUCGCACUACAAAGUCUUCAAAGACCUAGUAGCGCUGAAGAAAAAGCCUGUCUUGGCCGAAGGCAAUACACAGCUGGAAUUGUUUCCCGAUGGUGUUGCGGGUGUCGCUCGUAAUAUUGGAUCGACGGUCGCGGUGCUUUUGAUCAACUUCUCCGAUAGUCCAGUCACCGUGGACGCCAGGUCCAAAUUGAACCUGCCCGAGUCGCUGAUGGUCUACACCGCCAGCGUUGAUUCUCACCUUGUACCAGGAACGCGGGUUAUCUCAACCAACCUGAAAGUACCCGCAGCUGCCUCGGUCGUGUACACUAACCCGGCACUAGUUUUGCAGAAGGAAACAUACUGAAUUCGUGUAUAAUUAGUUUCCACCAGGGAUGGAAAAAGAACCGGUAUCACAUAAACGGUUCUUUUUCCAUCCCUGGUUUCCACUUAUGUACACGAGAUAUCCGGCGGACGAAUGUUUUAAACGACGAAAUGUAAUAACGCGAUAUACGAUUUCCAAUUUCGGUUUACACAGACGCGAAACGAAGGUAUAAUCAAUGCUCGUACGAAAUUGACCAUGAAGUUUUCCUAACUCACUAUUCAUUAUUAAUAGAAUGUUAAUUGAACUGUACAUGUUUCAUCGUGUCACGGAUGUUUGCCAUCUUGCAUAAUUAAAUGUCCUGCAAAUAUUACAUACCCGUGGAAUAUCGAACACGAUGGUUAUGAUUAUUUUUUUUUUUUCGAAAUUAAUCCCGUGCACGUUAAUAGGAAGUAGCUUUCGCUAAUAAAAACGUGGACAGAAUGUAAAUUCGGCGUUGCAGUCAGUUACAUAUUCAAGCACAUUAAUUCUUCAUGAAGCCCCGAGGAAAAUUUCAUGAUUUCAUUCCGAGAGAAUAGAUUCACGUGCUUGCUUCACCGUAGAUUCGUCUUAUUUGCUCCAUUUCUUUAUUACCUGACCGCUUAUAUAACGUAUUUAAAUUAUUCAGCCGUAGCUACCUCCUGCAUCUCUAACUUGGAUUUUCAUGAAUUUCGAAUAUUCAUAGCAUAAUUACGACGUCUCUUCCUUCAUCGGAGAAAAGUCGUAACGCUUCGCUUCUUUUAUUUUCUUUGCCAGCUUCAAUAACCAAACCUACCAACGAGCAUUACUUUCGCCAUGAACGUAGUAGUACAGUUUAAAUUUCAUAUAUCUUCCCGAUUCUUCGAUCUAUAUUAGUGAUAUACGAUGUUGUAAUCGAGCAAUAAAUAAAGCUAAGAAUUGUAAAACAUA